AUGGAGGUUGCUCUUCCAAAUCUCCCAAGCGACAUCAUAUCGUUUCAGAUCCUCACAAGGCUACUGGCCAAGUCCUUGAUGCGUUUCAAGUGCGUAUGCAAGUCUUGGUCCUCUUCCCUCUUCCUCGAUCCAUUCUUUGUCAAGGCUUACCAGAACAUGCACAACAGUCUCAGCAACAACCACAGAACUACUCACCUCCUCCUCAGCAACCGGGAGGGACAGCGAAUAAUGUUCUCCAUGCAAUUCAACCAAGAAUUAGGGUUUACUAAUAGUCCUACACGGCCGGCCAUUGACCUUCUAAGCCACAAUUCGCAGAUAACGUCGUCUAAUGGAUUAAUCUGUCUUUAUAAUAAUGAUGCCGCUGUCCCUGUUGGUAUAUUUAAUCCAUGCACUGGAGAGUUCACUACUCUUCCAGUUUCUCAAUAUGCUUCAAAGUCCAGCUCCGACUCUGGGUGGACAGUCUUAUAUCGGGUUCAGUCCUCUUACAAACGAGGACAAGGUUUUCCGUGUGGAUGUGCAUCUUACUUCAGAGACAAUAAUUAA